AUGAAUAAAAUCCAGUUAAACUUUAUUAAGGUUUUUGUAUUUUUGACAUGUUUUGUCUUUUCAGAAGUGCAAGCGCAUUUUAAUAAAUGUACACCAACACUCCCUGUAGGUUGUGUUUAUGAUGGAUGGCAUCAUAUUGUUCGUUGUUCUACCACAAUCCCUCUGUGUAAACCAACUACUUCCAAAAACACCGUAGAAAAGGGAUACUGGACAAACACCUGUAACAAAUGGGUAUACAAGAGCCAAUUGUCUGUUUACUAUACCCAAACAGAAUGCGUAACUUCUUUACCAACUUCAGAACUUCCUACUUCUUUACUAACUUCAGAAAUUCCAACUUCAGAAAUUCCAACUUCAGAAAUUCCAACUUCAGAAAUUCCAACUUCAGAAAUUCCAACUUCAGAAAUUCCAACUAGUACUAUAGUUGAAAUUGAAGAGUCUACUUCCUCAUCUGAGUCUACAAUUUUCAGCACUUCAACUACUUAUUGGACAGGGUCAUAUGACACUACAUUUUUAACUAUCACUGAAGAAACAACCGGUACGGAUAAUGUGGUAACUUCAACUUUGAUUUACAUUGUUCAAACACCUAUCAGGGCUGUCACUUCUACUACAAGUCAGUAUUGGAGUGCUACUGUUUUCAGUACUAGUAUCUCUACUUAUACCUAUACUGGUACAGAUAACUUCGAAACCACUGAAACUAUUUAUCAAGUUUAUCUUCCAAUAUUUGUCACUACAAUUACUAUCACUACAGAUUUCCCGGAUGAAAGGUUUGGAAACGAUCCUGAUUUAAUCUACCCUACUUUCUCUUCAACAGUUCUUCGCGUUGUACCUUCAGAUAGUGCUCCAUACUUUUUGUACGUCGUUUAUGUUGCAGAAUCAGAAUGUGUAAAAUCAUGCGACGCGGUGAAAUCAUAG